AUGAAUUUGGAGGAAUUCUAUUUGAUGAAUGUCGUGUUAUACAUUAAUACGUUUGAUUCACUCACAAAUUUUGUAUGUGUAAAUAAGAAGUGUCUAUCGGUAAUGAGUCGAAUGCAAAGAAAUUCAUUUAUUAGUGACAAAUUUCAAUUUGACAUAAUAAAAAAUCCAACACGGAAUUUAUUUUGUUAUUAUUCUCGAAUAACCAAACUUUUUCCUCGCGCGAAAACCCUAUAUCUUCCUUCAUAUUUGUGUCUCAUUCCACAACUCAUAUAUUUCAACUUUUCAUUUAUCGAAGUGAAAGAUUUUAAUGAUGAUAAACCAAUUCCCAAAACUGAAGGUUAUGAAAAUUAUACGUGUUACAAACAAGAAUGUUUUAUCACACUUGAAAACUUUAAUGAAAAAUCAUAUUUUCAUAAUAUUUCCGUUAAUGUACUUAACCGCCUUAAAACAGUGAUUAUUUAUUCAUUAGAAACAGCAGAAUUUUUCGUCAAAAAUGUUCGCUUAUUUGAGUCGUGUAAUAAAAUAACACUGUGUUUAGAUAGUAAACAAGGAGACAAUAAAAAUUUAUUGUGGAAAUUUUUAAUAAACAACAAAAAUGUGUUGUGGCAUCUCAAAAAUUUACAAAAAAUUCGAAUUUUUUUGAAAGAUUUGAAUUUCAUUGAAAUGUUACAGAAAUUUACUGAAGAAGCGCCAACACUUGAUAUUUGUAUUUAUAUACCAAGCACCAAGUGUAUACUCAACAAAGAAAAUCUCGAUAAAAUAAACACUUAUAAUAACAUAACACAACUUAUGAAAAUUGGAAAAGUCAUAUUUCGAACCAUUAAAAAUUUAAAGCAAUUUGUGAGUAAUGAAAUGCUUUUGAAAAUUCCCGUGUCUGUUAUUAAUAUGCCAACAAAUGUUGAAAUGGACGACACUUUUAUAAAUCAAUUUGUGUCGUUUUCUCAACUCUACGCUUUUGUACCCGAACACGUGGUUUUAAGCGUAAACGAUAAUACAAACAUCGACAUGUCAAAAAUUGAGUGUAAAAAGCUUGUUAUAAUCAACAACACUCAGUCGAAAAUCCAAUUGAAAAUAUCACCAGCGACACUUAUUGUAGAAUGUAACAAAGACGAUGAAAUUGCAUUAUACUCCUCAUACAAUAUAACUAUUUCUUUGCAACAAUAUUUCGAGUUGACAUUUUUGGAUGUAGUCACUGUUAUUUAUUUCUUUGUUAAUCAGAAAAAUUACAGCGAAGAUGAAAAUCCAAUUAUCGAAGUUUAUAAAGACAACGAAUUAUUUAUAAACGUUUCAAAGCAAAUAGAAAUACUGGGCUUUACAAAAAAUCCGAUAAUGGCUUCUCGUCUUUUUGAAGUCUCUCAAACCCCAGUACUUGUACCUCAAACGUUAAAUAUGAAUGAGUUAUCAGAAGUCUCUUAUUGUUCACAGAAAGACAAUAAAUACAUUCCAACACGAAAUUUACAGACUUUGUUUAAUUGUUCCACAAAUUUAACUUCACUAAAAAUUGAGAAUAUUUCUGGUGAAGAUAUUUUGAACAAGAAGUCGGUCUUUUUAGAUAAAUUUGAAUUAAAAAACCUUCAAUUAAGAAAUUGUAGAAAUUGUAUAUUUCAACUGCCAAGCACUUUAACUGGACUCUCUAUUUUUAAUACAAAUAACAGCAAUUAUUACUAUGGAAAAGAAGACAUCUUUCUCAAGUCACUAUGUUUGGCAGUGGUAUCAGAUUACCCAGAAGACCCGACCCAUUAUAAUAUACCCAAAAACGUCGUUGUUGAUUACACCGUUCAGUUUGAUGAAUUGAAAGAGUUUCCAGAUGAACGUAAUUGUAAAAAUGUGCAUCUUGGUGCUUUUAAAUACAAAGAAAUUCGCGUUGGAGUCAAUUUAAUUGAUCGAAGAACAUUUGAAAACACCAAAACGUGGAACAUAGCAUAUAAAGAAUGUUUAAAUAAUAAUAACGUUACAAACACUCUCAAAAAGCAAAAAAUGGAAGAAGAAACCGUUUUUGUUCUAGAAAAUGGCACGUUUCAAGGUAAACCAAAUUGUUUUGAAAUAAACAAUUUGGGAAGAGUUAAAGAAAUUGGUGAUUUUUGUUUUAAAAAUUGCACGUGUAAUUCUUUUGUUGAUUUGUAUUUACCUCAUGGACUGACUAAAAUAGGAUAUGGCGCCUUUGAAAAUAUCAGAGUACUGACAGCCGUUCAUCUGAAUGAAAGUAUAACAAAACUCCCUUAUAAGUGCUUUGCUGGUGAUAGUAAUUUAGAGGAGAUAACGUCUCCAUUGAAUGUAGUUGAAAUUGACGAUUACGCUUUGUCCAAGUGCAAAAAUCUAAUAAAACACCCCAAAUUAGUACAUUCAAAAAAUGUCAAAUAUGAUGAUCGGUGGACACUGAAGUUCUGUAAUAUAACAAAUGUGGAAGUGCCAGAAGACGUAGACGAACUUAAGGAUUUUUGUUUUAAAGGAUUGACAUCACUCGAGUGUAUUAAAGUGAUGAACGCAACAUGUUUGUUUGGAAAACAGUGUUUUGUGGGAUGCAGUAACAUUAAAAGUAUUUAUUUGAAAGAAAGUGUGAGGUUUGAUAAGUAUCUAGUAUUCGCUAAUUUGUCGUCACUCACUUCAAUUAAACUUCCAACUACACUUACAAAAAUUCGAAACUUUAUGUUUAAAAACUGUAUUAAAUUAAAAGAUGUUAUUAUAAAUAACGGUGUUGUCAAAAUAGGCGACUCGGCUUUUCAAAAUUGUGAAAGUCUCAAGAAUAUUGACAUCCCACAUAAUGUCACAAAAAUUGGAUUGUCGUGUUUUAAAGGAUGCACUUCUUUAUGUGAAAUUUGUUGUACAAGUUCACUACGUUUUCCACGUUCAAGUUUAUUAGGUAUACAAGCAUCAUUUAAUUUGAUUUGA